AUGGGUACAGGUGAUAAUGACGAUGGUGAAAUGAGUGCUAAUAUUGAUAUUCGAGGCGAUAAUGGUUUUGCUGAAAUAAGUACCUUUAUUGAUAAUUUCAUAAAAAUGAGUACAGACGAUUUUUAUGAUAGGAAAAUAAGUGCUCAUGAUAAAGGUCAUGGUGAAUGUUAUGCUGAUAUUGAUAGUUCGGAUAAAUUGGGUUAUGACAAAAUUGUACGUGGAAGUGCCAUGAUAUGUUUACAGAAGAUAAGCCAAUCUUUGCAAAUGUUUCAUUCACAUGAAUAUAGAAAUACAUUGUCACUGCAUUUAUCUGAGGUAUUAGAGGAAAUUGGUGUCAAUGAAGAUAUUAUAAUGGAAAGAAGGAGACUAAAUAUGCUGAUGGAGAAUAUUCAAACCGUGGGAUAUAGGUCAAUGGGUUUUAACUUGUCUGUAUAUCAUCUUGGGAGUCAGUCUGAAGGUACAACUACUUUGGGACUUUGUUCAGAUGCUGACAUACUGCACGUGUUUUAUGGUCAUAAUGUAAUACAGGACUUGUCAGAGUGGAAAAAGAAUAAAAUUAAUCUUCUCAUGAUACAGGAAAAGGAGAAUGUGACACCUGGAUAUUGUUAUCUACAACUUCUUCGACGUGAUAAGCCACUAUUUGAGACAGUCAUUCCUAUCGACCCCAUUGUUAAAGAACAUUUUAUCAAAGACAGUAGUGGGAGAAUAUUAUUGAAAAAUACAUUCUUGUGUGAUUUAUAUGAUAAUUCUGAGAGACACGGGCCAUCUAAUGCUGUCCGCGGGGAAAAAGGAUACAGUGAUAUUGACAUAGUUUAUGCAAUGCAUUGUAAUUCAUUGCCACAAUCAGCUUCAAAUUUCCUAGACAGACAUGGCAUAGGAACAUGGCCAACGUCUGAAAUGAUUAGAUUUAUUUCUAAUAAUGGUUGCUGUCUUGUUGGUGCUAGCAGUAAGAUUAGUACUUACCCGGAACUAGAAUGGAGAAUAUCGACCUCAUUAGGAGAAAGAUACUUAAUGUUUAAUCUAAAUAUAACACAAUUACACUGUUAUGUUUUGAUGAAAAUUAUUUUGAAACAAUUUCUCACACCUCAAAGUCCUUUGUCUAGUUAUAUGUGUAAAACUGUACUGUUACACUGUAUACAAAACACCGGCCGAAACUUUUGGAAAAAGAACAAUCUUUUCACCUGUUUAACAUAUUGCUUGCUUGAACUGCAAAGCUAUAUUAAAAAUGAAAAUUGCCCGCAUUUUAUAAUUCCAGAAAAUAACCUUAUGGCCGGACAAUUCACUGCAGAAGAAGUUAAGCUUGACAUUUUACGGAGGAUAAGUUACAUAAUACAGAGUGAUGGUUACAAGACAUAUCAUGGACAUCUUCAAAGACACCAGGAUCAACAACAAGCACUUGAUAACCUUAUAAAGACUACUAUGCAUGAUACAAACCUUGGUCACAAGGAGACAGCUCUAAACCUUCUCGCUCAAUGUCUUGAACAGGAAAACAGACCAAUUAAAGCGUUAUGGAUGUAUGUCCGUUCUCUUACACAAAGAAGGAGGAAACAACGCCGCAAAGCUUCAUCUUAUACGAUUUAG